UUCGGUCUUAGUUUGCCGGUGCGCGUCGUCGAGUACGGACGCGUUGCGUGUUUUCGCGAUCCGCGAGUGAUGUUACGAUACUAAGUUUUGUGAUUUGUGAAAAUGUGAAUAGUUCUCUGUGAAGUGGAUUGAUAUAAUCAUGUACGCCAUGCGAUGUCUGGUCGGCAUCACAUUGGUCAUACUGAUCGACCUGGUGGAGAACGCGCGUUCCCAGGAGCAGCCCCGCUGCGGGGAGCGCCUCAAGGGGCCGGUGGGGACGAUCACCACCCCCAACUUCCCGAACCCCUUCCCCGUCCCCAUCAAGUGCCGGUGGAUCAUCGAGCACAGCAUCGUCAACGGCACCAUAUCAGUGUACUUCACCCAGCAGUACAUCACCAGCGGGCUGACCUUCACUGAGUACAUGUACUACGACGAGACGUACAAGCUGGGCGAGCGGCGCGCGCUCACCGUCACGGAGGAGAACAUCACCAAGAUCAAGUGGUUGCAGGUCCAAAGCCCAGUGCUGGUGGUGGAGCUGUCACUGGACCGGCUGGAGGGCACGCAGCUGCGCGCACUGGGCCUGCUGGCGGUGUUCGGGCUGAACGUCACGUACGCGGUGCAGGCGCCAGGCGACCCUGGACCCACCAGCUGCAGCGCCAUCGAGUGCCGCCUGCUGGGGCACUGCUAUGCCAGCCAUAGUUAUAAGGAUUUUUUUUGUUCGUGUUUUGAGGGGUACUCGGGUGAGGACUGCGGCAUCGGCCCGCUCUGCCCGAAGCACUCCAACAUGUGCCACAAUGGUGGUACGUGUAGACAAAUAGGUCCAGCGGCCGUAAGCUGCAUCUGCGCGCCGGGCUACACCGGCGACCUGUGCGAGUCGCAGAUUGCCACACCAGAAUGUGGUAUAGAAGAAUGUUCAGAAGGGUGUAAGGAAGGCACUGUUUGUGAUUGUACACCGAGGGACACGGAUUUUUCCGCAGCGCGGUUUGAGACUCGCCUGCAGAUCGUCGACAACACCAGCACGGACAUAUCACAGGACAUCAUGAAACAUAUGUCAAACUAUCUGAGGCUAUCGAACGUAACGUUCGAGGAAAUCGAAAUUUUAAAUAUAAGUGUCCCAGACCUGAACGGCGUACGCUCAGUGUGGCUGCGCGUAUGGGGACCGCGGCGGGAGGCGGGCGCGCUGCGGGCGGCGUUGGCGCGGCUGCCGGCGCGAGCGCGCGACCGCCUGCGUUUGCUGCCCGCGACGCUAGACUUCGAUAUGCACCCUGCGCUAUCCUUACACGCCCUGGUCGUCAACCAGCGGACGGAGGUGUGGGAGGGGUCGGAGUUCAUCCUGUCAUGCAUGGCGUACGGCUCCUCCAACAUCGCCUUCACCUGGUACAAGGAUGGAGUCAAGGUCAACUUUAAUGGUACCACCAGAGACAUCUGGACGCGCGUGGCGGCGGAGGACGCGCUGGGUCGGCGAAUGUCGGUGCUGGGCGUGACGGAGGCGCGGCAGCUGGACGGCGGGCGCUGGUCGUGCGCCGCCAGCGACGCCGGCCGCCGCCAGUGCAGUGCGCUCCGCCUGACCAUACUCACCCCGCCCGAUAUACGCCUGCUGCCCACCACGCUCACUGUUAAUAAGGGUGACAACGUGAGCAUCACGUGCCUGGCGGGCGCGGGGCGCAUGCACGGCGCGCUGGGGUUCAGCUGGGCGCGCGAGCGGACGCUGCUAGCGCUGGCGCCCGGCCGCGAGGUGUGGGAGGACCUGUACCCCGCCGGCAGCGUGCUCAAGUUGUACAACGUGCAGAAAUCCGGCGAGUUCCGGUGCCAAGUGUCGUCAGUGGCGGGCACUAACGCGAAGGGUGUGACGAUGUGGGCGCUGGGGCCCCACGACGCGGCCUGCGAGAGCGGGGCCUCGCACGGCGUGAGGUGGCCCCGCACCGCGCCCGGGGCCCAUGCCGCCGCGCCCUGCCCGCCCGGGGACACCGGGGAGACUACAAGAUUCUGCGAGCCGAAGACGAUCCAACAUGGCGUCAAGUGGACCCUCCCCGACUUCUCCGGCUGCGUGUCCGACUCGCUGCGGGAUAUUUACAAACAGUUCACCAGAAUCUCGUACGGUUACUCGUGGAGCAACGUAUCGUACGUCGCGCGGCAAUACGGCGCGGUGCUGCGAGCGUUGCCGGCGCGGCCCGGAGCGGGCGCGGCGCCGCUGCGACACGCGCGCGCGAUGCUCACGUACCUGCGCUCAGCCGCCGGCACGCAGCAAGACCGCAACGACGCUGCUGAACCGCUGCUGGUCAUAUACGACAUGCUGCUGGAGCAUCCUGAUGCUUUUCUUGAUGAAGAGAAAAUCUACGAGUUGCAAUCCGCCAUAGUCGACACGGCUCUCAUGCGCGACAUGGACCUCCACUACCAUAGCUUCAGCGUAACCACCAAGAGGGUGCGGGAAGACAACGCACACUUCCACUUCCUCCUGGAGCCUGCUGCGGGGGACUGGCUAUUGUCCUCCGCGGGGGUGGAGCUGGUGGAGAGAAGCUCUAAUGCGUCUGUGGUGGUGGUGCAGUACCAUGAUCUGGUUUCGCGACUGCCCUCGCUGAGGAGAGCUGUUGAGUUCAAGGGCGGGCGGGAGCUUGAGUACCGCCCAUCAUCAGCGCACGUGCAGCUGGCGACGGGCGGCGCGGACCCCGCAGCGCCGCACACCGUCACGCUGCUCUUUGUACACGCCAAGAACUAUACUGCGUUGGAGUCAAAGCUGGCGUGCGCGGUGCGGACGGUGGCCGAGCCGCGCGUGUGGAACACGGCGGCGUGCGAGGCGCGCGUACCGGAGCCGUCGCACGUGGCGUGCCGGUGUCGCGGCCUCGGCACGUACGCGCUACUCACCGUCGCUAGUUCUACCCUGACGGACGCGGAAAAGGACUUGCGUGGUGUAGUGAAAAUAACCGUGGGCCUGGGUGGGGCCAUGUGCCUGGUGUCUGCCGUGCUGCAGCUCCUCAGCCUGAUCCCCACGAGGAAGUCGCAGCUGCCCGUGCUGCUGAAGGCUGUGACUGCCGGCACCCACUCCGCGGCGGUUAUUAGUCUACUUGACUGUGAUACUAGACAGGAGGAGGCAUGCGGGACGGCUCUGGGCUGGGUGUGCGCGGCGUGCUGGUGCGCGGGGUGCGCGGCGCUGUGCGCGCAGCCGCUACUGCUGCAGGCGGAGCUGGCCGGCCGCGCGCAGGCCGCCUCCUCCGUGGGGUUGCUGGCAGGUGUGUGCACACUGGUGUGUCUGACCGCGCGGCUGUGGGGCGGGUCGCCGCUGCUGCUGGGCUCGGGCGCGCAGGCGGUGUGCGCGGCGGGCUGUGCGCUGCUCACCGCGCUCGGCGUGGCGCUCGCUCUUUGCGCCGCGCUGCGUCUCCGCACCAUCACUAGUAAAGUACCGGCGGAGAGGCGAACAUAUCUCAAAGAAAGAGGUCGGGUGGUCAGCCAGACGCUGGCGCUAGUGGCGACGACGACGGCGGUGCAGGCGGCGGGCGUGGCGUACGCGCAGCCCGGCUCGCGCCGCCUGCCGCACGUCGCCGCGCUCUCCGCAGCGGCGCUCGCCAAUGGCGUGGCGAUGCUGAUCUGCUACAUCGUGCAGGACGAGGAGUGCCUACGGUCGGCACGCCGGCUGCUCACCACGGACUGGGGCAACUCGCCGGUCGAGACCUCUCUCAGUCUGUACAUCAAGCAGGGGCGCGAGGUGGAGAGCCGGGCCGCGUGCGACUCCCCCGAGGCCUCGUACUGGCGGGCGCCGGCGCUCGAGAGCCCCGCGCAGAUGCACAGGAGGCAGUCAACGGACACGCGUGCGGAUAUAGUCCGCUGCGUGGAGUACAAGGAGGUGCUGUCGCCGCACCGCACCGACGUCGCCGUGUGCGAUCUCAUACCGCACGCGCGGCAGUACCGCGUCUGCCUCGAGCGCGGCUCGCCCCGGGACUUACCCAACCCCCAGGUGCUCCAAGCCCCGCAGCUAGAGGUGUUCCCGGCCCUCCAGGUGCUUGCGCCCCCGCAGCUCGACGUGUUCCCGCUCCCACAGGUGCUCGCGCCCCCGCAGCUCGAGGUGUUCCCGGCGCCCAAAGACUUAACCCCCCUCACGCCCACCGUGAACUUCGCGCCGUACAAAGAUCUGGCGGAGUCCUGCGCCAUCUGCGUCCAGUCCAACCCCGACAUCUCCAAAAUGACGUCCUUCCCCAUCAAGAGCUGUCUCAAGAAGACCAAAACGCAGGACUUCGCGUCCAGCGUCUCCCUUCCGUUGGCUGAGGUCAAGGACGAGAAGCCCAAAUCCGAUAUCGAGGACGUAAACAGGGAGUGGAACAGGGCGUACGACUCCGACAGGACAGGACAGGACACGGACAAAGUGCUCAACAAGAUAUCACACGACCUGGAUUUCCUCCUCAACAGAACUAAAGAGAACGCGGAGAACUAGUGUACAGUGUGAGUGUAAAUACGUGUGUACAUAUGUAAAUACCCUAGUUUUAUACGGAAAGUGUACAUAUUUAAAUUUUAUACGUACUACUGUUACUGUAAAGCAGCCCAUACACGCAAGGGUGUACCUAAUAGGUUUGCCUGAACAGGUCAACUGUUCAGGUAAACCAGAGCGUCUAUGUUUCUCAUUUUUGUCUGACAGGCGUAACUGCACAGGCAAACCUGUCAGAUACACCCUUGCGUUUAUGGUCUGCUUAAAAAAGUCCAAAGACGAGAUAUCUCAGGGGUAGCUAGUAAUAAAUGAAAACCGGAAGUUAGCUGUCGGUUCCGGCACUUCGGUAAUUAGUCGGUGUCUUCUGUGAGCGGCUAACUGCAGACCGACGAUUAAGCGGUUAACUUAAGCAACGAUUAACGACUUAACUUUGACGUGAGUAUGGUCGCCGGCCAUGACAAGUUUUAGUAGUAAAAUAUAUGAAAGUGCUCCCUCAUUGAAGCUAUCACGUGAUAUACGUACAACUACACUGUCAAAAUAUCUAGAGCAAGGAUGGCGAACCAA